AUAAUCAGGGUGGUAAUUCUGCAGAACCUUACAGCCAGUCUCGGCCACCAGGGAGCUCAUUUCUUCUGUACGCUUUUCUGAGGUGCAAAGUCCACUGUCAUCAUGUCUGACACAGAGGAAGUCGAAGGCGAGGGAGAAGCCCACAGGCCACAGUUCAAGGCACCAAAGAUUCCUGAUGGCGAGAAAGUUGACUUUGAUGACAUUCAGAAGAAACGUCAGAACAAGGAUCUUGUUGAGCUGCAGGCCCUGAUCGAUGCGCACUUUGAGCAUAGAAAGAAGGAGGAGGAGGAACUCAUCGCCCUCAAAGAAAGAAUUGAGAAGCGUAGGGCUGAGAGGGCCGAGCAGAACAGGAUCCGUAGCGAGAAGGAGAAGGAGCGUGCAGCCAGACGUGAGGAGGAGAGGCUGAAGAGGGAGGAGGCAGAUGCCAAGAAGAAGGCUGAUGAGGAUGCGAAGAAGAAGUCUGCCCUGUCCAGCAUGGGCUCCAACUACAGCAGCCAUCUGCAGAAGGCUGACUCAAAGAGAGGUGGGAAGAAGGAAACUGAGAGAGAGAAGAAGAAGAAGAUCCUGGCAGGCAGACGCAAGGUCCUGAACAUCGACCACCUGAAUGAAGAAAAACUGAAGGAGAAGGCAAAGGAGCUGCAUGAAUGGAUGAAGACGCUGGAGUCUGAGAAGUUUGAUAACAUGGAGAGGCUGAAGAGGCAGAAGUAUGAGGUCACAACCCUGCGUAAGAGAGUGGAGGAGCUGAGUAAAUUCUCUAAGAAGGGUAAAACCGUCCGCAGAAAGUAAGUGGUCCCGUUCUGCUGCUUGGAGCCCAGACUGCCACUGUACUACCGGACACAGGCCUAAUGCAGCAACAACAACACACACUUACGCUAAAGUCAUGGCUCAGACAACUACGUUUUACUGUUUGCUGAUUCAUCCAAGACGUGCCUCAGUCUACAGCACGGAGCCAUAGCUGCUGUUGUAGGAAUUAUCCCUCUUGCUUUCUCGCCCUGGACUGUUUGGUUCUCAGUAUUUUUGUAAAUAAAGUGUGACUCUUCAA